GCGCCGGGCGGCCCCGCCGCGCUGUCCCUGCCCGGUGAGUGCCUCCAGGCCCGGUCCCUGCCCGGGGACUGCCCCCGCUCCCUGCCCGAUGUGGACGAGUGUGCCCUGGGGCUGGACGACUGCCACCCAGAUGCUAUUUGUCAAAACACCCCGAAGCUGUACAAGUGCAUGUGCAAAGUGGGUUACACCGGUGAAGGGAGGAAAUGUGAAGACAUUGAUGAAUGUGACAACGACUUCAAUGGGGGCUGUGUCCACGAGUGUUUCAACAUUCCAGGAAAUUACCGCUGCACUUGCUACGAUGGCUUUAUGCUGGCUCACGAUGGCCACAACUGCCUGGACACGGACGAGUGCACGUUCAACAACGGUGGCUGCCAGCACGUUUGUGUCAACACCGUGGGGAGCUACGAGUGCCGCUGCAGGGAAGGGUUCUUCCUCAGCGACAACCAGCACACCUGCAUCCACCGCUCCGAAGAAGGCAUGAGCUGCAUGAACAAAGAUCAUGGCUGUGCCCACAUCUGCAGAGAAACACCCAAAGGAGGAGUUGCCUGUGAAUGCCGACCAGGAUUUGAGCUGUCCAAGAACCAGAGGAGCUGCAUUUUGACCUGUAACCACGGGAACGGGGGCUGCCAGCACUCGUGUGACGAUGCUGACAAUGGGCCUGUUUGUGGAUGUCACCCCAAGUACAUCAUGCACGUGGAUGGCAAAACCUGCCUGGAGAGGGAAGAAGCUGCUGUUGAAGUUUCUGAGGGAAACACCACAGCAGCAGCUGAUGUGGACAAGAGAGUGAAGCGACGGCUGCUUAUGGAAACGUGCGCGGUGAAUAAUGGUGGCUGCGACCGCACCUGUAAGGACACAUCCACCGGAGUCCACUGCAGCUGCCCCGUUGGAUUCACGCUCCAGUUUGAUGGCAAGACAUGCAAAGAUAUUGAUGAAUGCCAGGCCAAUAAUGGAGGCUGUGAUCAUUUCUGUAAAAACACUGUUGGCAGUUUUGAUUGCAGCUGCAGAAAAGGAUUUAAAUUAUUAACAGAUGAGAAGUCCUGUCAAGACAUUGAUGAGUGCUCCUUCGAGCGGGCGUGCGACCACACGUGCAUCAACCACCCCGGCACCUUCGAGUGCACAUGUAACAAGGGAUAUGCCCUGUAUGGCUUCACACACUGUGGAGAUAUUAAUGAAUGUAGCAUCAACAACGGUGGUUGCCAGCAGCUGUGUGUGAACACACCGGGAGAUUAUGAGUGCCUGUGUCACUCUAACUACAAGCUACACUGGAAUAAAAAGGACUGUGUUGAGACAAAAGAUCCCUUGUCUGAUAAUGUGUCACCCAAGGUAUUGCUGCACUGCAUUAAGAGUGGUGGGAGUGAUAGAUGCUUUCUGAGCUGCUCUCCGGAUGUCCAGGUAUUCUCUGGAACACAAGAUGCCUACACCCUCACCUGUGGCAGGUCCUCUCAGCUUAAGAAAAAGCAGCAAAAUGCAAACGCUUCCAGCUGGCUGGAUGCUCCAGCCAUCAAGAUAAGCAUAACCUUUAAAUUAAAUGAAGGAAAAUGUAGUUUGAAAAAGACUGAGAUGUUUCAAGAAGGUCUGGAACAGAUGAUACCAGAGAGACAAAAUUCAGUAAUGGAGAGCUUCCACUAUGUAAACCUAACAUGCAGCUCUGGCAAGAAAGUUCAUGGAGCCCUCAGUAGACUGACAGCGACUAGAGAGAUUUUUAUCACUGCGGACUUUGAGCUUGAAACGAGCCGGAAGGAGGUGACAGACACGUGUGACGUGCGCUGUGCCCGGAAGAAGACGGAAAAGCGGUUCCGUAAAACCAUCCGAACCUUACGGAAGACGGUCAGCAGGGACCAGUUCCGCAUCCGCGUCUCUGGCACGGACCACGAGGUGGCCAGAAAGGCUCUCAAGCCACCGGAGCCACAGCAGUCCUGUGGUGUGGGACAGCAGCAGCCGGGUAACAGAUGUGAUCAGUGCUCCCCUGGUGAAUAUUCUCCUGAUGGCUUCAAGCCCUGCCUGCCGUGUCCCCUUGGAACAUACCAGCCUGAGGCUGGGAGAGUGUCCUGCUUUCCCUGUGGAGGAGGUCUAACAACAAGGCACAGCGGAGCAUCCUUGUUCCAGGACUGCGAGACCAAAGUUCAGUGUUCUCCUGGCCAUUUUUACAACACCACAACUCACCGAUGCAUUCGCUGUGCGACUGGGACAUACCAGCCUGAGUUUGGACAAAAUUACUGCAUUUCCUGCCCUGGAAACACCACUACUGAUUUUGAUGGGUCAACAAACAUAACACAGUGCAAAAACAGGCAGUGUGGAGGGGAAUUGGGAGAUUACACUGGAUAUAUUGAAUCACCUAACUAUCCUGGGGACUACCCUGCAAACACCGAGUGCACUUGGAAUAUCAACCCACCGCCCAAGCGCCGCAUCCUGAUCGUGGUUCCAGAAAUAUUCCUGCCCAUAGAAGACGAGUGUGGAGACUACCUGGUGAUGAGAAAAAGCUCUUCCUCCAACUCGGUGACCACAUAUGAGACCUGCCAGACCUACGAGCGCCCCAUAGCUUUCACUUCCAGGUCUAAGAAACUGUGGAUCCAGUUCAAGUCGAAUGAAGGGAACAGUGCCAAAGGAUUCCAAGUUCCUUAUGUAACCUAUGAUGAGGAUUACCAAGAACUAAUAGAAGACAUUGUUCGGGAUGGCAGACUUUAUGCAUCUGAAAAUCAUCAAGAAAUACUUAAGGACAAGAAGCUGAUAAAAGCAUUGUUUGACGUGUUGGCGCAUCCACAGAACUACUUCAAGUACACAGCCCAAGAGUCAAGAGAGAUGUUCCCGAGAUCCUUCAUUCGGCUGCUGCGCUCCAAAGUUUCCAGAUUUUUGAGGCCUUACAAAUAGUUGGCACUGUACUUAAAAGCUAAACCAGCCCUGGGCAUGCACAGAGGGGCUGUGGUAGGUGGGGCUGCUCUCUGUGUUUUACACACUGGCAGAGACACUCCAGGGAAGCUCGCCAGCUCCGUUCUUGGCAGUUUGGUUUUCUCAGCUAAUAUAAAUAUUUUGGUGAACAGAAUUUUGAUUCUUUUCCAGAUAAUACCUUUUGGUUACCAAAGGAUACUUCACGGGUCCCUGAAUUGGAGACUGCCCAUGACUUCUGUAACUGAAUGGUGCCAAGCAGAAGUUUGCAGAGCUCUGCCCUGUUGUUUCAUCAGCACCUCUAAAAGCUAAUGAGGACAGAUGGGCUAAGUAGUGUGGUUUGGGAUGAACCCUGGGCUGCCAUUAAUGCAUGUUACCUCAACAAAGCUGGGUUCAUGUUUGGUCUCGCUGAAAGUGAGAACAGGAUUGAUGUCUCUCUUAACAUUUGCUAUGCAGGAAAUUCAGAGCUAAGGUUGACAUAGUUUUAAUUCAAACCAGUGAGUCCAAGAACUGCACAAGGUGCAGCUUUUCUCUGAGCUACAUGUGGCAUGAAGCAAAGCGUGGAGUAUCAGCUUGAGUAUUCAGAGUCUGUCUCACAUAGUGUCCAUGCCAGUGACCUAUUGGCUUACAUGGAGUGAUACCAGAAUAAACUGUGGGCACCACAGCAAUGGAAAACAGGCCCUGACCCACUGGACAUUUCCAUUCUGGAUGGUCUGCAACUGUUAGAUCAGAUUCUUUCCUAAAUCCCAAUGUUGUCCCUGCACAUAGGCCUGGGACAGCAAAAGGCAUCUUCCAAGUUGUGUAAAAUUCUGUCCUCUGAGCACCUGCAGGUGAACACAGAUCCCCACUUCAAAUGCAGGCUUUGCAUAGGUAAUACUCUUGGUACGACACUGUUUAAAGCUGACUAUGUUUCUUGUAUGAACCUCAGUUGUGUUAUAUUCUCUACCUUUUCUGAGCACCUUGCAAUGACCUUGUUGAGCAGAGAAGAGCUGCUUUCCCUGUCUGGCUGGAGAGAAGGAGAGGUGCAAUGAUUCAGCCAGACUGGCCACAAAAGUUGUCUAUGGCAAAUUGUUCCUCAGGAUUCUCAGGCUCUGUAUCCUUCUCCUCAGGCUGUGUUUCUUAUUGGAGACAAAGCUGUUCUGAGAGGGUCUGUAGGGAAGUCUGUGUUGAUCAAAAUGUUGUCUCAGUGCUAUUCUGUCCACACCUACAUCUCCUCUGGCCACUCAAUCCAUUUUCUCAGAGUAAUGUACCUUGAGGACCUUCUCCCUUGAAGGGAUAUAGCCACAGUCCCAUCCAUUUGCAAAUGGAGUUAUGACUUCUGUCUUUUGAUCACUGGCCAUGCCAAGGGGUGCAAUGGGCACCAAACUCCCUCUCUGUGCCAUCUUAGGAAUGGUACUUACAUUUCACAGGGUAGCCAGGAUAAAUGCUCCCUUUCCCAGGGUUUGCAGUCAGACCUGCUGGGUUUCAUUGCAUUGGCAUGUGGUAUUUAACUGCUGUAUGUGAAUAACACCACAAGCACAGUGUGACAGAGGAAACCCUCACCAAGAGCUGGGCUCUGAAUCUCCUCCCUGCACUUUUGGAAGCAAGUGGGUGCUCCUGACUCAGCCUUGCUGAGCUGCUGUGCCACGGUGCAUGUGGGACAAGGACACAUCUUGGCCAUGGUGUGAUGGGGAGGGAUGAGGCUUUGGGUACAGCUGGGGAGCGGAGCCUCUCAGGAUGGGGCUGUGGGGUGCUGUGCCCCUCUUGCUGCUGGGGAGGAGCUGCCAUGGCCUGGCCAGAGAUGGGAAAUGGUUUGUGCUGGUGCCAGGAGAGAGAGCUGUGUCUCCCAGCUGCACUGGGGCUCCAGCAGCGCUGGGGGAUGGCUGUGGCAGGGUGGGGAGCCCACAGCAGGAACAGGGCUACAGGAACAGGGUUUCAGGAGCAGGAACAGAGCUGCAGAAACAGGAGCAGGCCUGCAG